GUCAGUUAAAGCGAGGACAAGCUGUGGCCGCUCCUCUUCUCUGGGCGGUUCCACACUCAAAGAGAGAGAGAGGCGUUAAGGACGAACCAUCUCCUACAAAACUAUCAGCUCAGACACAAAAACAUGGCGCCUACCUCCGCCAACAACUUCAGAUGAGAUCGCAAGAGAAGAAGUAGCCUGCAAAGUUUCAUAGAACAAGACCAAGCAGCGGUUUUUUUGCCCCCUCUCUGCGCGCAAAGUCCCUGUGAUAAACGGAAUACAUAACGCGGCGAAACACCAACUUGCCUUCAUGUCAACAUAGUCUCCUGUUGCAGUGGAAACAGCUGGUACACCCAGCCAUGAUCGAGGACAAGGGUCAUCGUGUGACCGACUACUUUGUGGUGGCGGGCCUGACCGACAAGUCCGCCCCCCUGGAGCAGGACCUGUCAGAAACCAAAUCCAGCGGGCCCAAAGCGCCUAUCACAGACCUGGCUGUUAUUAACAGGUCAGCGGGUGAAACGGUCCCUGAGGGCUUUACCUGUAUUGAGACCACCUACAGCGGCCAGCCGGCCAACCUCAACCAUGGCAGCCUUAAGAGUCCAGAGCUCUUCCUGUGCUACAAAAGGGGUCGAGGGAAACCUCCGCUCAUUGACAUUGGAGUUCUCUAUGAGGGUAAGGACCGUCUGAUCCAGGGCUGCGAGGUUAUUCAGGCCACACCUUAUGGCCGCUGUGCUAACGUCAACAACAGCUACGCCAACUCACAGCGUAUCUUCAUCACCUUCCGCCGAGCCCCUCCGGUACAGCCUCAGAAUUCCCUGGCAGUGACGGACAUCUGCGUGAUUAUCUCCAGUAAGGGGGAAACGCCACCGCAUACCUUCUGCAAAGUGGACAGGAACCUUAACGGUGGCAUGUGGGGCUCCAGCGUGUUCCUGUGCUACAAGAAAUCAGUAUCUGCGUCCAAUUCUAUAAGCUACAAAGCAGGUUUAAUCUUUCGUUACCCUGAAGAGGAUUAUGAGUCUUUUCCUCUGUCAGAGUCUGUUCCUCUCUUCUGUUUGCCCAUGGGCGCCAAGAUCGAAUGCUGGGCACCAAACACCCGUGACCCUCUGCCGGUCUUCUCCACGUUUAUUCUGACAAUCUCAUCUGGGGAAAAGGUAUACGGUUCUGCCAUCCAGUUCUACGAACCAUACUCUGCUGAUCUUCUGAGCGAGAAGCAGAAGAUCCAACUGGGUCUGCUCACCCCUGUAGAGAAGAAGACGAUCCCUGACCGCUCUGUGAACACCAACAAAUGCAUCUGUGUGCUCUCCCGGUGGCCCUUCUUUGAGUCGUUCCGCAAGUUUCUGAUGUUCAUCUACAAGCUCUCUGUCUCAGGCCCGAACCCACUGCCCAUUGAAAAGCACAUCUCGCACUUCAUGCACAACGUGUCGUUUCCUUCCCCUCAAAGACCCAGAAUCCUUGUCCAGCUCUCGGCACAUGACACUUUGAUACUCUCUCAGCCUGUGUGUACUCCUUUACCCCUCAGCGGGGCAGAUUACGGCACCCUGCUGAUGAAUCUAGGUGCUGAAAACUGCGCCACACUGCUGCACUUUAUCCUGCUGGAGAGCAAGAUCUUGCUGCACUCGCUGAGGCCUGCCGUGCUCACCGGAGUGGCGGAGGCUGUGGUAGCUAUGAUUUUCCCCUUCCAGUGGCAGUGUCCCUACAUCCCGCUGUGCCCGCUCUCUCUGGCAGGUGUCCUUAAUGCCCCGUGUCCAUUCAUUGUGGGUGUGGACUCCCGUUACUUUGAUCUGUACGACCCCCCACCAGAUGUUGUCUGUGUGGACCUGGACACCAACACCAUCUAUCUGUCGGAUGAGAAGAAACACAGCAACUGGAAGUACCUCCCAAAGAAACCCUGCAAGAGUCUGAUUAACUUGCUAAACAACUUGCACCACCAGCUGGCCAUAGUGGCAGUUCGCCAAACUCCACACGAAGACUCUGCUCUGGAUCUGACCCCCAUCGAUGCUGACUUCACGUGGCAAAAGAAGAAGAUGUCCCUGGAGAUGGAGACCCAGGAAGCCUUCCUUCGCUUCAUGGCCUCCAUCUUGAAGGGCUACCGCAACUACCUCAAACCCAUCACCCAGGCACCUUCUGCGAAGGCCACAGCUGCAGACUCCCUUUAUGACCUGCAAGGUUUCCUGAAAAGCAGAGACCGCACCCAUCAGAAGUUUUACUCCCAGCUCACAAAGACUCAGAUAUUUAUCCGUUUUAUCGAGGAGUGCACCUUUGUGAGCGACAAAGACACAGGCCUGGCCUUUUUCGAUGACUGUGUGGAGAAGCUUUUUCCCUCUGAUAAAAUCACCGACAAGGGUACCAAGGUCGAAGGAGACUCAUCUGAGGACACCAAGCUGCUGGAGCUGGAUGAGUCCCAGAAGAGCGAGCACACAGUAUUUGUGAUGCCUCCAGAACCUCCAGCUGACAACGGAUCGGAACCCGCUGUUUGGUACACCUAUAAGGGUUUCCCCAGGCUGCAGUUGAGUCUGUUUGAUCGACCCAGAGAGUUGCGUCCGGCGCUGAGCACCAGAGCAGCAGGGGCGAGUCUAUCCAGCAGUCCUGCGCUGCUGGCGAAGAGAACCAAGCAGGAGAUUAAGCAUGCCUACAAGCUGGCAAAGCGUUUCUACUCCAACCCUCCGCUGUGGGCGCGCUGCCUGUUUAGCCACUGCUACAGCAUGUGGUUCAUCUGCCUGCCUGCAGGCGUGCGGUUGGCCAAGUCUAAGAGCCGAGCAAUGCAGCAGGCGUACAACGUCCUGCUGAGGAUGAAGGCCACCGAGGUGGAGGUGCUGGAUGAGGUCUGUUACAGAGUGGUGAUGCAGCUCUGUGGUGUGUGGGGUCUCCCUGUUAUGGCUGUAAGAGUCCUGGUAGAGAUGAAAAAAGCUGGAGUUCAACCCAACGCCAUCACGUACGGAUACUAUAACAAGGCGGUCCUGGAGAGCCCUUGGCCCAGUCGAAACCGCAGCGGCCUCUUCAUGUGGACCAAGUUGCGUAACGUCGUCCGUGGGGUGGCCCAGUUCAAGCAAGUUCAAAAUCAGAGGUCAUCAAAGAAGAAAACACCUACGACAACGACCACAGCUGCAUCAGAAGAGUCAGUAGCUACAGAUGCUGAUAAUCUGAGUCAUGGUAGCGCUCACAGCUCCAGUGAAGUUAACGGCGAGGAGCCAAAUGAGGACACAGUAGAGGGCUGUAAUACAGGGCAGUCUGAUCAAGGAUACGGGUCUAAGGAUGAGUUACACCAGGAGCUGGCAGAGGCCUCGGCUGCAGGCGAGCUAUCCACUGAGCAGAGAAAUGCUGAUAAAAAUGACCUUGAUGGGGGCGACAUUGCGGGCUCAGUGGACAGUGCCGUAGCUGUAGCAGAGCCGCCCAGUCCUGUUGAUGUCCAUUCACCUGUCCCCAGUAUUGUGAGGCUCUCCACCGGAAGCUUUGAUGGCGGCAGGGAAACCAAAACGGGGAAGCUUUUCCGAAGUCUCAGUAAGACUGAGGACGUGUCUCUGCCUGAUCACAGCGACUCGAUGACACCUGUAAAAGCAGCCCACCAGUCUCAGCAUCAGCGACAGAAAGCCUUCUCAGAGCGCAGCUGCAGCUUCAGUGCUGAAACCCGUGCUGGGAUGCUCUUGGAAAAAGGCGUGGACCACAUGGCCAGCCAAAUGGGCGCAGACGCUCGUAUACUUACAGCGGCGCUAUCUGGAGCUCAGAGUCCACUGCCUCACGGGAAGUCCAAAGCACUUUUUGAGGAUGUAGAGGAGGAGCCUGGGGAAGACAAAAAGCCUUCAAGUGAGCAGGACCUUGGAGCGUCUGAGGAAACGAAAGGGGAGGAGAAACAGAUGGUUGCUGAAGUUAGGAAGGAGAAACGAGAGAGGAGGCAGACUGAAUCUCAGGACGAUGAGUCUGGAGUCCGAGGAGCUACGCUGGAGAGGGCCGACGUGGAGGCAGGGGCUGACCCUCUCUCCCUCCUGGUGUCAGAGAAAGAGGAGUCAGCUUCUGUUAGCAGUCAGGAUCCGCCGCGCUCCGUGCCUACCGUUGUAUCCCGCAACCUGGCCGAGGAAAUCGAAAUGUACAUGAGUCUGAAGAGCCCACUGGGAUCAAAGUCCUCCAGCAUGGAGCUGCAGAAGGCUCAGGGGGACUCCACCGACGGCCAAAAGCCUCUGGAACGGAGGGCCAGCCUUCCGGUGCCACCUGCCAAAAGUGCAAGCACUUCCCCAGUGGACACGCCCAAACGCAGCCCAAGCACGGUCACUCGCUCCAAGACUUUCGCAGUAAAGACAAAAACCUAUGUUAGCACCACGGAAAGCGCCACUCCCAAAUCCUCCACACUGACGGCAUUGGUCAAGUCCUCGCAGGCAGCAUCGCUGGGAUCCGUCAUCAACACCAUUUCAGGCAUCAAAAUGGACUCUUUGCUGUCCGGAGCCAAAAUCGACGUGCUUAAGUCGGGCAUGAAGCAAGCAGCGAAUGUGGGGAGUAAAAUGUGGGAGGCCAUGCAAUCAGCUUUUGCUUCUUCCGAUGAUGAGGAUGAAGAUCCUCAGGGUGCGGCCCGAUUCCCCGGACGUCUGGAUGAACACCUGCUGUCUGCACACGAUUUAGAGGAGAGUCCCGAGAAAAGAGCCGACCCUGGUUUGGUAGCUAAUGGUCUAAACCGGAGCAGCACCAGUCUGGGCAGCAGCAGUGGCAGCAGUGAUACGGGCAGAGGGACACAGCAGACCAAUGCAACUACAGGGCGUGUAGGCAGGGGUCCAGACUCUGAGCAAAACUCUUCACAUCACGCCUCCUCCUCCAGUAUCUACCAGAACUGUGCUCUGGAGGUGCUGAUGUCCAGCUGCUCCCAAUGCCGCUCCUGCGAGGCCCUGGUGUAUGAUGAGGAGAUAAUGGCAGGCUGGACAGCGGAUGACUCCAAUCUGAACACAAACUGUCCGUUUUGCCGAACAGCCUUCCUUCCCUUACUGCACAUAGAGUUUCAUGACCUCCGCACGAUGCCCGAUUUUUAUAUGAAUCCCAGUGCAUCAGGAGAAAGCAUUCACAGCAGCAGCACCCAGCCUACAGCUGGGAGCUUAGCUGAUAUAAAGACCCCAGAUGCCAUCAACUUCUCUGAGGAGGAGUCAAAGGAGAAUCCAGACUGUCGACCUGCAGCUCAUAAGAGCCUGAUUCCAAAGCCAGUCCAAUCAGAUCCUCUGGGUCUCUUGGAGGCAGCAGGGAAACAGGAGAGACCCAGUGGGACUUCACUGACACGCAGCAACAGCGUCGGAGGCCCUCUGCAGAGCCUGGACUACUCCCUAAGACCCGGACACGGUGUCUCCACCACCAGCCUGCCCUGCAGCCUGCAGGAAGUGUCGGAUGGCAUUGGCAAAAAACGUCCCAAUCCCAAACCGGUGUCUGUACCGUACCUCAGCCCUCUGGUCCUGCGCAAGGAGCUGGAGACCCUGUUGGAGAAUGAAGGAGACCAGGUCAUCUACACACACAAGUUCCUCAGUCAGCAUCCCAUAAUUUUCUGGAACCUGGUGUGGUAUUUCCGUCGCCUGGAUCUCCCGUCUCACCUCCCUGGCCUCAUCUUAACCUCUGAACACUGCAACAAUGGAGUACAGCUUCCUCUGACGUCACUGACUCAGGAUAGUAAGCAUGUCUUCGUCCAGCUGCUGUGGGAUAACAUCAACCUGCACCGAGAGCCUGAAGAACCCCUCUACCUCCUCUGGAGGACCUUCUUGGAGAAGAAGGGGACUUUGGGUCCAACAGAUCACCAGGAGAUCCGGACCCUCCUCAACACCAUUGUUCGAAACAUCCAGACCAACGACGUCUAUGGUCCGAUCAACCUGCUGCUACGGGAGAUCAAACGUCAUCCAGAAGGUGUUAAACGGCAGAGGAGUAUUUAUAGAGAAAUACUGUUUCUUUCACUGGUGGCCUUGGGGCGGGAGAACAUUGACAUAGAGGCCUUCGACAGGGAGUACCGGCAGGCCUACGACCAGCUGAGCCCAGAGCAGCUCAAGUCUCUGCACCGCAUGGACCGCCCGCCCAGCCCCAGCAUCCAGUGGUGUCUCAAAUGUUUCGGAGCCCCCUUCAUCUGAAAAUGGUCACAUCUUGUAGCGUUCUCACUGGUCUUUUGCAGCAGUCUGAAGAAAGAAACGCAGAAGAACACUGAACUUUUUAAACCUCUCCCAUUGCUAAACAUGGUACUUUAAAGCUGCUUUUUCUUGUGUACUCUUUCCAAUCUGUGGCUUUCACUUGGAAACGUUUCUGCCUCCUUGGUAAACGUGAGAAAUAUUCAUUACCCAGAAUGCUUUGUCUGCCCACUGCGGUCACUUCCUUUUGUAUUGUAACCUUCCCAAAUCUGAUCAGUGGGCUUUGUCCCAAAGGUACAGAACAACAGUUUUCUGUACGUGCACUUUCUUAAAACAGAGUUUCACCUCCUGUUUGUACAUAUUUAUCAUUCAAAAGAGAAAUCUGAAACCUGGGUUGCCUUUUUUUGUGUUCUUUCUAAGUCUUAAUGUAUGCUCGAGAUGUUCAGGUUCAGAUAUACAAGCUCAUGUCGUCAGUUUCAGUAACUGAAGCUUCGGACAAUCACUAAUUAUUAAUCACUAAAACAGAUUCACAACAUUCCAGUUUGCCCUGCAGUCAGAUCAUGUCUAAUACGAGCACUGAUCUCUGCAACAACACCUGAGAGCAGGAGGGCCACACUACUGAUUUGCAGCCAUUAAGAAACGAUGCAAACAAGCUAACACAAGGAAAGAUAAAUGGCACCGGUUUGCUUUUAUUAUCUACCCAUUUUUAACAGAAGGCUGCUGCCCUCGUUAUGCUAACAGGCCUUACAUGUACUUGAGCUAUUCUUGCUUUUUUCUUGCAUCAAAAAGCCUUCAAAUGUUUUUACAGAGAAAAAAUAUGGUGAACCUCACUAUUCAUAGCCCUUCAAGUUUUAACACUUUUGGACGAUGUAAAAGCCAGAGAUGCACCAAGUAGUCCAUAAUUGUGAAAUGAAAGGAAAUUCAAUUAUUUUUUUAGGACACGAGAAUCUUCUGAGGGUGUUUCUGCACCAGCUUUGCAUUUAGUAACUGUUUUUCCUUCUUCUUUGCUAAUAUUAGCUUAAAACUAAUCAGAUUGGAUGAAGAGCUGUAAUAGAAAUAAUGUUUCAAAUUUAUUUAAGUUUGGACUUUAUCUAGGCAGUUCUACCACAUAUGUAUACCCUGA